CGAAUUUUUGCUGUCAUUCUUCAAAAAUCAGUUUGUUUACGUUCACCUGCAAGCCGCAUAAUGGGAAAAAGUGAGAAAAAAUCAAAGAAAAAGCAUAAGGAGAAGCGCAGGGAACACAAGGAAAAGCACAAGUCAAAGAAAUCCAAGAAACACAACCGAAAAAAGGAAGAAUCUCCGCCGAUAGCUUCACCAACACCAAUACAGCCUGAAAGGGUCAACCAGGAGGAGGAGGAUGACUUUGCCAUACCAAUAGGUCCGUAAGAGCCCCCCUGUAUAUAUUUAUUAUUGCUGAACACUCUAAACCCACCCCAAAACCCAAGCACUGAUGAAUAGCAAAUCACAUGCCCCGGAAACUCCAGAGGAAUACCAGCGCCGUCAGAGCCAGAUCCGCAAAGAGGUGGACCCGGUGACGGGUCGCGUCCGGCUCAUCAAAGGCGACAGUGAGGUGCUGGAAGAGAUUGUGACCAAAGAGCGCCACCUGGAGAUCAACAAGAAGGCCACCCGCGGUGAUGGAGAGUUCUACGAAGCCAGAUCUCUGGACGCCGCCAAGCGUCGCAAAUAGCUAAUUUACCAAAAAUGCAAAAAUAUAAUAAGCUAUUUCAUGACUUGUAGUAAUAAUUAAUAACUGUCAGUUUAAUUAAACAAAGGGCUAGCUAGCGACUAUAUGUACACGCG